CCACCGAAUUCUAGACUUGGUAACAGAGGUGGUGCUUGAAAAUGUGUAUCAUGCAAGCUUGAAGAAAAACACCUGCUUUGGUCCUGCAUCUUUUCUUACAAAGAAGCUAAAUAUUGGUGGGAAAAGAGUAAACCUUGCAAUAUGGGAUACAGCUGGUCAGGAAAGGUUUCACGCAUUGGGGCCUAUCUACUACAGGGAUUCUAAUGGCGCCAUUCUAGUGUAUGAUAUAACAGAUGAAGACUCUUUUCAAAAGGUAAAAAACUGGGUUAAGGAGUUAAGAAAAAUGUUGGGAAAUGAAAUCUGUUUAUGUAUAGUAGGUAACAAAAUAGACUUGGAAAAAGAGAGACAUGUUUCAGUGCAAGAAGCAGAAACGUAUGCUGAAUCUGUUGGAGCAAAACAUUAUCACACUUCAGCUAAACAGAACAAAGGAAUUGAAGAACUGUUUCUUGACCUUUGUAAAAGAAUGAUAGAAACUGCUCAAGUGGAUGAAAGAGCAAGAGGCAAUGGUUCCAGUCAGUCAGGAACAGCAAGGCGAGGUGUACAGAUCAUUGAUGAUGAGCCACAAGUACAGAGCAGUGGAGGGUGCUGUUCUUCUGGAUAAUUAUAAAACUGUGCAUCACUGCCCUCUCAGUAUGAAGACUGCCAUAUUCCAAGUCACACAUUCUUUACCAAUGGAGUAAUAGAAUUAACAGUAUUUAAAAAUAAUCACAUGUAACACUGCAGAGACCUUAAGUGCUAAACUAGUGGCGUCUGUGACCAGAGAAUUGGCAUUUUCUACAGUGGUUAACAAAGCGAUUACCAAUGGCCUUUUUACAUAUUUUUCUUUAAUGAGGAAUAAUAUGCAUGUAGAAAAGACCUACUUAAAGGCUUCAUUUAUAUUCUUUUAAAUCAGAUCAUUAUUUAAUAACUUAUAUACAUUGUUGUUGGAAUGGUAUACGUUUUUGCAGCUCUUUGUAUUUUGUGGUAGAUUGAAUUGUAUCACCUCUAAAAUGCAAAUUGAUUUUUUUUUUUUAAAUUAGCAGAUACCUGAAAUAAUAUUUUUGCAGGGCCUCCACAAGCCUAUAACUCAACUACUUUGAUAUAUUUUGUUCAUCAUGUAUGCCAAGCUGGUAAAAUACAUUGUAAAUUACAUAUGAAGUAUUUUAUCUGCUUUUACAAUUGCAGGUGCAGAAAUAUGUACAUCAGUCUUGUCAGUGAUUGUGAAGUGAAUAAGUCAGUGAAAGAUGCAAGCUUUUCAUGUGUACUGUUGAAUUGCUCAGUCUAUUCCCCCCUACCUGAAACCAGCUUUGUUUUGGGUACUUCCGUACCUACAUCAGUUUUUUAAUCCAUUUCUGGCAAGCAGCAGUAUUUAAGAGUAUCCCCUUACUGGCAAGAGAAUGCUUCUGUGACUGCUGUUUAACAUUGAGGUGUUUGACUCCCAGAUAGAACAGUUGGUGCAUGCAUAUACUUUGCCUCUGCAGUUACUUUGUCCUCUCAGAAUAUCCCCAGAAAGUCUAAGUGACUUUAGCCCUCAUCUGUCUGGAAACCAGUGAACCAGAUGCAUGGGAAACUCUUCAGCUGUUUUAAUACGUUUGUGUCCCAAGGCAGCAUUAUAAAUUAUUCAUAAGCAUA